AAGGCCAAUUCCGUAAUUGCGGGGGAAUUAUAUGGUUUUUUCCCACAUUCCACCGGAAUCGUCUCCAUGACCGGCCACACAGAAUCGAGCCUCUCCAAAACCCUCCACACGCCUACAGUGUCUGUAAUUUUCCCCUCGUCCACCGGACCCUGCAUGCGAACAUCUACCCUAUUCCGUUUUCUAACUGCAUCGCCCUUCUCCGAUUAAGCAACGCCGCCGACGACCGGAACCCUAAACUGGCGCGAAGAUGUUAGAGGAUCAGGUGGCAUUUCUUCUCCAGAAGUAUCUAGGAAACUACGUCCGCGGCCUCAACAAAGAAGCUCUCAAAAUCAGCGUAUGGAGGGGCGAUGUGGAACUAACCAAUAUGCAGCUCAAGCCAGAGGCACUCAAUGCAUUAAAAUUACCGGUGAAAGUGAAGGCUGGGUUUCUUGGUUCUGUGAGGCUUAAGGUACCGUGGAGCAAGCUAGGUCAAGAGCCAGUUUUGGUUUAUCUUGACCGCAUUUUUCUGCUAGCAGAACCAUCAACGCAGAUUGAAGGAUGCUCUGAAUACGCUAUACAAGAAGCUAAGAAAACUAGAUUAAGGGAAAUGGAAACGAAGCUAUUGGAGCAGCAGCAACAGUUGAAGUCAGAAAUGAAUACAUCAUGGCUGGGUUCGUUAAUUAGUACUAUAAUUGGAAAUCUCAAGCUCUCCAUCACCAAUAUUCAUAUUAGAUAUGAAGACCUUGAAAGCAAUCCUGGCCACCCAUUUGCUGCUGGCUUGACACUAUCUAGGCUUUCAGCAGUGACAGUCGAUGAGUCUGGGAAGGAAACUUUUGCUACUGGUGGGGCUCUGGAGCACAUUCAGAAGUCCGUGCAACUUGAUCGGCUAGCUUUUUAUUUUGACUCUGAUAUUUCUCCCUGGCAUAUUAAAAAAUCGUGGGAAGAUUUAGUUCCUUCAGAAUGGAACCAGAUAUUUGAGUUAGGAGACAGCAUUGACCAAUCAGUUAAUGCUCUUCCAAGGAAGCAUGAUUACAUUUUACAACCAGUGACGGGAAAUGCAAAGUACACAAAGUUGAGAAUAGAUGAAUCCAAACAUACAAGGCAAGCAUUGCAGCAGGCUGUCAUUAAUCUUGACGAUGUUACAUUGUGCUUAUCAAAGGAUGGAUACAGAGACAUGCUGAAGCUUGCUGAUAACUUUGCAGCUUUUAACCAGCGGUUAAAGUAUGCUCAUUAUCGUCCACAAGUUUCAGUGAAAUCUGACCCUAAAGCAUGGUGGAAAUAUGCAUAUAACGUGGUUACCGAUGAAAUGAAGAAGGCGAGUGGGAAACUCUCUUGGGAGGAUGUUCUGCGAUAUGCCAGUAUCCGCAAGAGAUAUUUGUCUCUUUAUGCUUCUCUCUUAAAGUCUGAUUUAUCCCGCUUGGUAGUGGAUGACAAUGAAGAAAUUGAUAAACUGGAUCGUGAGCUUGACAUUGGAGUCAUUCUUCAGUGGAGGAUGCUGGCACACAAGUUUGUAGAGCAGUCUGCUGAAUCUGAUGCUUAUCAGAAUAAAAAGAAAGUGAAGCAAUCUUGGUGGUCUUUUGGAUGGACUGCAUCUGGAAAGAAUGAUAAUGGUUCCAAAGGUUUCACUGAAGAAGACUGGGAGAGGCUAAAUAAGAUAAUUGGUUACAAGGAUGGCUCUGAGGAGAAUCUGGUGACUAGUCAGGAGACGGACUUGCCUCAGUUGUUUCUUGAGAUUCACAUGAAACACAAUGCAUCAAAGCUUGCUGAUGGUCAGGAAUGUCUUGCUGAUUUAUCAUGUGAGGGAUUGGCCUGCUCUGUGAAAACAUAUUCAGAGACAAAAGUUUUUGAUUUUAAGUUGGAAUCUUACAAACUCUUAUCUCCAAAUGGUCUUCUUGCUGAGAGUGCAUAUGCUGCUGAUUCUUUUGUUGGUGUAUUUACUUACAAGCCUUUUGAUGCUGAAGUAGAUUGGAGUUUUGUUGCUAAAGCUUCUCCAUGCUACAUGACAUAUCUGAAGGAUUCCAUUGAUCAAAUUAUCUCUUUCUUCAAGAGCAAUACUACCGUUACUCAGACCUUAGCUUUGGAGACCGCUGCUGCUGUUCAGAUGACAAUUGAUGGUGUCAGACGCACGGCACAGCAGCAAGUCACUCAGGCAUUGAGGGACAGAUCCAGGUUUCUUAUUGAUCUGGAUAUCUCGGCUCCUAAGAUUACCAUCCCCACUAACUUUUACCCUGACGACCAUCAUGCAACAAAACUACUUCUUGAUUUGGGAAAUUUGUUGCUCUGCACACAGGAUUUUUGGAAUAGUGAUUCUUCUGAAGAGGAUGCCAUGUAUAUGCAGUUCAGUUUGAUUCUAAAUGACGUGUCUGCUUUUUUGGUUGACGGUGAUUAUAACUGGAGAGAAACACACCAUGAUGUCUCUUCUUGUGGAGCACAAUUUUGUAAUUUUUUUCCGGUUCUUGAUAAAUGUGGAAUUGCUUUAAAGCUUCAACAGAUUCAUUCAGAAACUCCUCUUUAUCCAUCAAUGAGACUUGCUGCACGGUUACCAUCAUUGGGAUUUCAUAUUUCUCCAGCUCGAUACCAUAGACUUUUACAGAUAGCAAAGGUCUUCCAGGAUGAAGCUUCUAGCCCAGAUACUCCUCGGCCUUGGAGUCAAAGUGAUUUUGAGGGAUGGUUGUCUAUUCUUAUAUGGAAGGGUGUGGGGAAUAGGGAAGCUGUAUGGCAACGCAGAUACUUAUGCCUUGUUGGUCCCUUUCUUUACGUAUUGGAAAAUCCAAAAUCACAAUCUUACAAGCAAUAUAUUAGUUUACGAAGUAAACAAGUGCAUCAGGUUCCCAAAGAGUCCAGUGGCGAUUCACAAAAUUUGAUUGCAGUAUAUGAUGCUGCCCAAUCGAACCUUAAGGUGGAAGAUGGUAACGCAUUGGUAUUACGUUGUGAUUCUGAUGAAUCACGAAGAACUUGGCAAAAUCGUCUUCAAGGGGCAAUAUAUCGUGCAUCGGGUUCGGCUGCUUCCAUCACUGGCUUUUCUGAGAUGCCAUCUAGCCCCGAUGCUACAGCCGCCAAAUCCUCUGAUAGCAAGGUACUCUCAGAGGGCUGGAAUAUUGAGAAAAUGUUUGUUACCGGCGUCCUUGAUGAACUACGGGUUUGUUUUAGCAGUAAUUAUGAGGGAAAUUUAAAUUUUAAAAAAGUGCUGCUUGGCAAUGAAAACCAAUUGUUUGAGUUCCGUGCAUUGGGUGGUCAGGUUGAGCUUUCACUUAGGGAAGAUAUAAUUUAUAUUGGUACCCUAUUAAAAUCACUUGAUAUAUUAGAUCAAUAUCAACUUGCUAGAGCUGCUUUACCCAGAUAUCUUGCAAGAUCUUUCAUAAAGAAUACAAAUGAAACCAUACGGGAUAUUGAUCAACUAAAUCAAGCUGACAAUGAAGAUAAGUUUUUUGAAGCAUCAGACGAACUUGAUGAUGUUGUUUUGAAUCCUACACAACGAAGUGGUAGUAUGUCAGAAUAUUUUCCUGCUCUAGCCUCUUCUCUCUCUUUAAGAUCUUCUAUGAAGCCUCCCAGCUUCAGAAGAAUUCCCGGCUUAAUCCCCACUACAGAUAUUGCAAAUAUAAGUUCAAAUUUGGAAACUGCUGUUAUUAUAGAUAGUUUUGUGAAAGCACAAAUGGUUUUGUAUGGGCAGGAUUCUCCUCAUUACAAUAACUUGGAUAAUAGAGUUGUAAUCACAUUGGCUACUUUGUCAUUUUUUUGUCAUCGCCCAACAAUUCUUGCAAUAUUGGGAUUUGUUAAUUCUAUUAAUUCUGAUGAAAGGAUCCAUGAUCCUACUGGGGAUGUUAGCAAGUCUCCCAAGGCCAUUAGUAACACUUCAAAUUUAGAAUCAGUUGAUGAUCCUAAUAACAACAUUAUUCAGGAGCCAGUUGCGAAAGGGUUUCUAGGCAAAGGAAAAACCCGAAUCAUAUUUUACCUGUCACUUAAUAUGGCCACAGCGCAGAUAUUUUUGAUGAAUGAGGAUGGGAUCUCUCUUGCUACUUUGUCACAGAGUAAUUUGCUUGCUGAUAUCAAGGUAUUUUCAUCUUCCUUUAGUAUAAAAGCUGCUCUUGGUAACCUGAAAAUAAGUGAUGACACUCUGCCUGAAAGUCAUUCAUAUUUUUGGGUUUGCGACAUGAGAAAUCCAGGUGGAAAAUCAUUUGUUGAGCUCGAUUUCUGUUCUUAUAGUGAACAGGACGAGGACUAUGAUGGCUAUGACUAUAGCCUUACUGGGCAGCUUUCAGAAGUUCGGAUAGUAUUCUUGUAUCGCUUUGUGCGGGAGAUUUUAAGUUACUUCAUGGGCCUCAUGCCUAGUGACACUGAAAGUUUUGUAAAGCUGGAAGAUCAUGCGACUAAUUCAGAGAAGAAGGUCCCAACAAAACAAAUUGCAGGAUCACCUGCCCUAAAGUUGGAUCUAUCGCUAAGUAGGCCUAUUAUCUUGAUGCCUAAGAGAACAGACAGUGCUGAGUACUUAAAAUUGGAUGCACUACACAUUACAGUCCGAAAUACAUUUCAAUGGCUUGGUGGUGAUAAGAAUGAUACAAGUGCUGUACAUAUAGAUAUUAUGACUAUUAAGGUUGAAGAUAUUAAUUUGAUGGUUGGCACUGGUAAAACGUUUGGUGACAGUAUCAUACAAGAUGUUAGUGGGCUCUCUGUUGUAAUUAAACGGUCACUACGUGAUUUGUUGCAUCAAAUUCCAGAAACAGAAGCAACUAUUCAGAUAAGGGUUUUAAAAGCAGCUUUGUCCAAUAAAGAAUAUGAAAUAAUUACAGAAUGCGCUACUUCUAAUAUCUCCGAAACUCCAUCUCUGGUUCCUACCUUGAUUAAGGCGGAUGAAACUUCUGAGAGAAAAAUAGAAAAUCAUGUUUCAGUUGCCCCCACUACAAUGGCCUCUGAGCCCUUAGAGAGCGAAAGAUGGAUAACAAUGAAAGUCUCUGUUUCUGUUGAUUUUGUCGAGCUCUCUCUCCAUUCAGGAAUCAUGAGAGACUCACCCUUAGCUAGUGUGCAGGCCCGAGGAGCUUGGCUUCUUUACAAGUCUAACUCAUCUAGUGAGGGAUUUUUAUUUGCCACACUGAAGGGUUUCUCUGUCAUUGAUGCUCGAGAGGGAAUUAAAGAUGAAUUCCGGCUUGCAAUAGGAAAAUCUUGGAGCACUGGGUGUACCUUGUUUAAUGUUGAUAGUGGUGAUAUUCCAAAACCUACUUGGUCUGCAGAGAAAAGCAAGAGCAUUGAUCUUGAUCUACAACCCAUUCCGUCAAUGCUAAUUCUUGAUGCUACAUUUAAGAAUUCCUCGACAAAUAUUUCUUUGUAUGUGCAGAGGCCAAAGUUGCUUGUAGCCCUUGAUUUUUUGUUGGCUAUUGCAGAGUUCUUCGUUCCAUCACUCCGAAGCAUAUUAUCAGAUGAAGAGGAAAGUACCGCUCUAUCUUUAAUUAAUGCUAUUAUCCUUGAUCAACAAGUUUAUGUACAGCCCAGCUCAGUAUUCUCACUAUCACCACAGAAGCCCCUAAUUGUUGAUGAUGAAAAAUUUGAACAUUUCAUAUAUGACGGGAAAGGUGGAAAACUGUUUCUACAGAAUUGGGAUGGAAGCAAUGUCUCCGAUAGUUCUACUGGAAUUAUCAUUCAUGUGGGGAGCAGAAAAAAAUUGCAAUUUAAAAAUGUCACCAUCGUGAAUGGACAUUAUUUGGAUUCGUGUGUUUUCCUUGGGUCAAAUAGCAGUUAUUCUGCUUCUGAAUAUGAUAACGUUUUCUUGGAGACACAAGAAGAAAUUCAACCCUUGGAUACUCAAGAGGAUAGGAGGGAGGAUAUCAUGGCCCCUGCUGUUGAUCCAACUGAGUUUGUUAUUGAAGUAAAGGCUAUUGGUCCUGAACUCACGUUCUACAAUUCUUCUGAGGAACUUGGGAGAUCCUUUGCAUCAGCUAGAAAGGCUAUACAUGCCAAUCUUGAUGCAUUUUGCAGGCUUGUAAUGAAAGGUGACAGCAUGGAGUUGAAUGGAAAUGUUAUUGGUUUGAAGAUGGAGAGCAACGGCAUCAGGAUUUUGGAGCCUUUUGACACAUCUGUGAACUUCUCAAAUACCUCUGGAAAGACAAAUAUUCACCUCGCUGUUUCAGAAAUAUUUAUGAAUUUUUCAUUUAGCAUCCUAAGGCUAUUUCUAGCUGUUGAGGAAGAUAUUUUGUCAUUUCUUAGAAUGACUUCAAGGAAGGUGUCUGUAGUGUGUUCUCAGUUUGACAAAGUCGGAACAAUCCAGGGCAAAGAGGGUGACGAAGUAUAUGCCUUUUGGAGACCACGUGCACCAUCUGGAUAUGCUGUACUUGGGGAUUGUUUGACUCCAUUGAACGAGCCACCUUCUAAAGGGGUUCUUGCUGUAAACACAAGCUUGGUGAAAGUUAGGAGGCCCAUGUCAUACAAGUUGGUUUGUUCUUUCAGUCUGGAGAAUACUGCUAGCAGCAGCAAUGGAUUAACUAUUCGUGUUCCAAACAAGAAUGAUAGCUUUUCAAAUGACAGAUGCUCCAUUUGGUUCCCAGUUGCACCUAAAGGAUAUGUGGCACUUGGUUGUGUGAUUUCCCUUGGAAGUGUACAACCAUCAGUAUCUUCUGCUUUGUGCAUCUUAUCUUCCUUGGUAUCUCCAUGUGCGAUGAAAGAUUGCAUUGCAUUUCAAAUGGUCGAUAUAUAUUCUGUUAAGAGGGCAUUCUGGCGAGUGGAGAACUCAUUUGGGUCCUUUUUGCCCGCAAACCCUGCUGACAUGAGCGUUGAUGGAAGGGCUUAUGAUCUGCAUCAUAUGAUCUUUUGGCAGUCAGAGAAGCCUAGCAAGACUUUAAAAAGUUCACCCACUCAAAAUAAUGAGCAAACCUCUAGUACUGCCCCUUUACCUGAAAGGCCAGUGUUGGCCUCGGGGCGGCUUUUUGAAGUUGUAGCACGUUUCAAAUUAAUAUGGUGGAAUCAAGGCACAAGUCCUCACAAGAAAUUGUCUAUAUGGCGUCCUGUGGUUACUGAUGGGAUGGUUUUUCUUGGAGAUCUUGCCGUUCAAGGGUAUGAACCUCCCAACUCAGCUAUUGUCUUUUAUGACACAGAUGAUGAAGGUUUCCUUAAACGUCCUCAAGAUUUUGAACCUGUUGGACACAUCAGAAAGCAUAAAGGAAAUGAUGGUAUAUAUUUCUGGCUGCCUGUAGCGCCCCCUGGAUUUAUUUCCUUGGGAUGUAUCGCAUCUAAAGGUCUACCCAAGAGUGACGACUUCAACCCUUUAAGGUGCAUACGUAGUGAUAUGCUCAUGGGCGAUCAGUUUUCUGAAGAUAAUAUAUGGGAUACAUCUGAUAUGUCGGCUUCAAAUGAACCGUUCAGCUUAUGGGGUGUUGGUUAUGAGGCAGGCACAUUUAUUGUCCGAAAGGGAUUUAAGAAGCCUCCAAAAAGGUUUGCUUUGAAGCUGGCUAUUCCAAAUGUAUCCAGUGGGUCAGAUGAUACUGUGAUUGAUGCAGAAAUUAAGACUUUUUCUGUGGCUGUUUUCGAUGACUAUGGAGGGCUGAUGGUUCCUCUAUUCAAUGUUUCACUAAGUGGCAUUGGGUUUAAUUUGCACGGAAGGCCUGAUUAUAUGAGUUCCACUGUGAGUUUUUCAUUGGCCGGUAGGUCUUACAAUGAUAAAUAUGAUGCUUGGGAGCCUCUUGUUGAACCAAUGGAUGCAUUUCUAAGGUAUCAAUAUGAUCAAAAUGCACCAGGCCCUGCUACCCAGGUUCGGAUAACCUCUACAAAGGAUCUCAAUUUGAAUCUCUCUGUAUCUAAUGCGAACAUGAUUUUUCAAGCUUAUUCUAGCUGGAACAACUUAAGCCUCGUUGAUGAACCUGGUGUAAAAAAUGAAGUUGUCCCGUCAGAGUAUGGGGAGGGGUCUGUAAUUGAUAUCAAUCAUAGAAGAAACUACUUCAUUAUUCCCCAGAACAAGCUUGGUCUAGAUAUAUAUAUCCGAGUUGUUGAAACUAAUAGAUUGGCAAAUGUUAUUAAGAUGCCAUCAGGAGGCAACAUACGUGUAAAAGUUCCUGUAUUGAAAAAUAUGUUGGACUCUCACAUGAAAGGGAGAACCAAUGCAGCAUCUCAUUCAAUGUUGACAGUUAUCAUUUCAGAAGCUGAAUUUCCUGCCAGAGAAGGAAUGGCAUCUACCCAAUAUACAGUAGCUGUGCGUCUUUUUGUAUGCCCUUCUACUAGGUCUCAUAGGCAACAACAAAGUGCUCGAACUUGUGGUGCCAUUCCAGAGCCUUUAGGUGCAGGGAAGUCCAUUGUGAAGUGGAGUGAAAUACUUUUCUUCAAAGUAGACGAUGUGGAUGAUUAUGGGAUGGAAUUCAUUGUCAUUGACAUGGGAAGAGGUGAGCCCAUAGGGAUAUAUUCUGCCCUUUUAAAGCAGAUAGCUCAUGAGAUUCAUCCUAAGUCCAGUUCGAACAACACUUGCUUUGAUUUAUCAUGGAGGGAUCUGUCUUCCGCUAAAAAGAUGGAUUUUCAUGAUAACGCCCAUGGGGAAGUGCAUGGAAGAAUAAAAUGUGCUUUGCUACUUUCCAUUCAAGAUGAUGUUAAUAAAGACAACCAUGAUCAAAAUUCUGGGAGAAGAGUUGGAUUAAUACAAAUUAGUCCUACAAGAGAAGGACCAUGGACAACUGUGAGGUUAAAUUAUGCUUCCCCUGCAGCUUGUUGGAGAUUGGGCAAUGAAGUUGUUGCCAGCGAAUUAUCUGUGAAAGAUGGUAACAGAUAUGUGAGCAUAAGGACCUUGGUUUCUGCUAUUAAUAACACCAAUUUUUCCAUUGAUCUCCGUCUUAAAUCAAAAUGUUAUACUGACAACUCAGAAUUUUUGGAUGUUGAAAAUGUGGAAGGGAACGAUGGUGCUGAUUAUAGCAGAAUUCAUAUGGAUGAAAUCUUUGAAACAGAAAAAUACAAUCCAUCUGAUGGUUGGGUCAGCUGUCCUCAGUGGUUGCCUUCCUCAAAUUCUUAUGCUACAAGGUCAUUUAAUGAUGCGCAUCAGAAAUCGCCAAGUACUAGUCUGCCAGAUGGCUGGGAAUGGGUUGAUGAAUGGCAGGUUGAUGCUAAUUCCACAGAAACACCUGAUGGGUGGGUUUAUGCACCCGAUACUGAACAUCUGAAGUGGCCUGAUUCAUUGGAUCACAGGACUUUCAGUAAUUAUGCUAGACAAAGAAGAUGGAUUAGGCAUCGAAAAUACACAUCUCAUGACGCAGACAAUGAGAUUGCAGUUGGAUUACUUGAACCAGGUCAUACUAUUCCUCUCCCUAUGUCUUGCUUUGAUCAUCCUGUGAUUUCUUAUGUCUUACAGUUGAGGCCAGAAGUUUCCUAUGAAACAAAAGAAUAUUCUUGGAGUUCUGUAGUGGAUAAAUAUGUGCUGAAUGAGAACGUGGAUAGUUCUGGAACCUCAGAAAUAUGCGUUUCUGCACUUAUUGAGGCUGAUGAGCUUUUAUACUGCUCAGAAUUAAGUGAGGUUCCUUCAGAUAAGGAUCUUGGUUUGUGGUUUUGUUUAAGCAUUCAGGCCACGCAAAUUGGAAAAGAUAUUCAAUCAAAUCCCAUACAUGAUUGGAAACUCACUAUUAGUUCACCUUUGUCGAUAACUAAUUUCCUCCCUUUUUCUGCCGAAUUUUCUGUUAUUGUUAAGGAGGGUGGAGAAGGCACUGCAUGCUCUCAAGGUACUCUUGUUCCUGGUAAACCUGUAAAGAUCUAUAAUGCUGAUCUGCGAAAACCAUUAUACUUAUCGGUUGUCCCGCAAGGAGGUUGGGAUCUAGUUCAUGAACUCAUUCCCAUAUCAAACCCAAGAAAAAUGUCAACCAAGAUGAUGAGUCUAAGGAAUUCUUAUUCUGGAAGGAUUGUCAUGGUCGUCGUUGAACAGAAUUCAGACAAGGAUAGCUUAAUUGCAAGAAAUAUUCGAAUAUAUGUACCUUAUUGGAUUGCAAGUGCAAGAUGUCCGCCUCUUACUUGUUACUUUAUUGACAAGUCUGCAAGGAAUAAGAGACAUUUCUCCAUCUUUUCACAUUCUAAUAUGAAAACACAAAAAGUUUUUUGGCAAAUCACUGACGAAGAGAUGACUAAUGGAUACACCAUAGCUUCUGCGCUUAACUUCAAAAAUCUUGUCAUAUCUUUGUCUUUAGAAAAAACUGGGAGAGAGCAGUUUAGUUCCGUUAGUGAUCUAUCCCCACUUGGUGACAUGGGUGGCUCGGUUGAUCUUUAUGCUCAUCACGAGGAUGGAACAUGCAUGAGGAUAUUUAUUUCCUCCAAGCCAUCCCCAUAUGAAGCUGUUCCCUCGAAGGUUAUUUUGGUGCGCCCAUUUAUGACAUUCACAAAUAGGCUUGGUAGAGACGUGCUCAUAAAGUUCAAUAUUGACGAUCAGCCAAAGGUUCUGCAUGCUACUGACACAAGGGUCUCUUUUGUUUAUCGUGAAGCUGGAACUGAAAAAAUUCAGGUUUGCCUACAAAAUACGAACUGGUGCUUACCUUUGGAAAUUGAGAAGGAAGACACUUUCACUAUCGUAUUGAGGGAGCACCAUGGCGGUAGGAUUUAUUUGAGAGCUGAGGUUCGUGGUUAUGACGAGGGAUCACGAUUUUUAGUGGUGUUGCGUAUGGAACCAGAAAAUGGUCCAAUCAGAAUUGAGAACAGAAUGGCUGAUAGGACACUAAAAAUCCGCCAGACUGGUUUAGGUGAUGAUACUUGGAUUCAGUUGGAACCUUUAUCAACUUCGAACUUCUCCUGGGAAGAUCCUUAUGGCCAGAGGUGUAUAGAUGUUAGUAUUCAAGGUGGAGCUUAUGUCCAUAAGAUCAGUUUGGAUGAAGGUAAGGAAUCAACAGAUCUGAAGGCUCAUGGAGUUAAACUUUGUAUUGAAGAAGCUGGAGAUAUAAAAGUUGUAAGAUUUCUUGAUGAAGAAAUAAGGUUGCUAUCAGGAUCAAAGAAAAUAACAUUACCACUUGAUAAAAUAAAUGGCUCAUCGUCGAAGAAAGAGAUGCAAGUCAGCACCUCACCCCUGGAGCUUAUAAUUGAGCUGGGGGUUGUUGGCAUUUCCUUGAUUGAUCAUCAGCCUAGAGAGCUCUUGUAUCUGUACUUGGAAAAAGUCUUUAUUUCAUACUCAACAGGGUAUGAUUCUGGGAAAACAAACAGGUUCAAGCUUAUUCUUGGUCAGCUACAGCUUGACAACCAGCUGCCGUUAACUGUGAUGCCAGUUCUCUUGGCACCUGAAGACAUGCCUGAUACAAGUCAUCCAGUUUUUAAGACAACAAUCACUUCAAGUAAUGACAGUUUAGAUGGUGCUCAGGUCUUUCCAUAUAUUUAUGUUCGGGUAAUUGACAAGUGCUGGAAGAUAAACAUCCAUGAACCUAUUAUUUGGGCAUUGGUCGAUUUCUACAAUAACCUUCGUUUAGAUAGUAUCCCCAGUGCCUCAGAAGUCGCUCAAGUUGAUCCAGAGAUACGAUUUGACUUGAUAGAUGUUUCAGAGAUAAGGUUGAAGCUGUCUUUAGAGACUUCACCAAAUCAAAGGCCUCAUGGUGCCCUUGGCAUGUGGGGCCCAAUAUUGUCAGCUGUUGGGAACGCAUUUAAACUUCAGCUUCAUUUAAGAAAAGUCAUGCAUAGAAGUCGAUUCAUGCGGAAAAGUUCUAUCGUACCUUCAAUUGUAAAUCGUAUCAAGAGAGACCUUAUCCACAACCCUUUGCACAUAAUAUUCUCUGUGGAUGUAUUGAGCAUGACAAAAUCAACAUUGGCCUCUCUCAGCAAAGGAUUUGCAGAGCUUUCAACAGAUAGACAAUUUUUGCAAUUGCGCUCGAAGCAGAUUUGGUCAAGGAGGAUUACUAGUUUUGGUGAUGGAUUUCUUCAAGGAACAGAAGCUUUUGCACAGGGUGUGGCUUUUGGAGUAACUGGGGUGUUGACAAAGCCUGUUGAGAAUGUUAGACAACAUGGUUUUUUAGGACUUGCUCAUGGAAUUGGACGUGCUUUUGUUGGAAUUGUUGUUCAGCCACUAAGUGGAGCUUUAGAUUUUGUCUCGUUGACAGUAGAUGGCAUUGGCGCCAGUUUUGUCAAAUGCUUAGACAUCAUAACUAACAAAGCUACUGCGCAGAGGAUAAGAAAUCCUCGUGCCAUUCAGGCAAAUGGUGUCAUUAAAGAGUACUGCGAAAGAGAGGCAGUUGGGCAGAUGAUUCUUUAUUUAGCGGAAGCCAGCCGACACCUGAGUUGUACUGAUUUAUUCAAAGAGCCUUCAAAAUAUGCUUGGUCUGAUUUUUAUGAAGAUCAUUUCAUUGUGCCAUACCAAAGGAUUGUUAUGAUAACUAGCAAGCGUGUCAUGCUGCUACAGUCUUCAUCCCUUGAAAAAUUGGGCAAAAGACCCUCAAAGAUUGUUUGGGACGUACCCUGGGAAGAACUUCUGGCACUAGAAUUGGCCAAAGCAGGACAUAGUAUGCCAUCACAUUUGAUCAUCCAUCUCAAGCACUUUAGGAGGUCAGAAAGCUUUGUGCGAGUUGUCAGGUGCAAUGUAGAUGAAGAGGAAGAACGAGAACCUCAAGCUGUUAUCAUCUGUUCUUGUAUACGGAGGAUGUGGAAAGCUGCUGCUCUCCAAUCAGAUUUGAAAGUCCUGACUUUGAGGGUUCCUUCCAGCCAACGCCAUGUCCAGUUUGCUUGGGAUGAAUCAGAUGGGAGGGAUUCCUAUAAAAGCCUUAAACCUAUGAUCAAGCCAAGAGAUUUUUCUUCUGCCAGUUCGCUUUCUGAUGAUAUGAGAUUCAAGAAACAUUGUGUCAAUUUUCGAAUGAUCUGGAGUAGUGAACAAGAAUAUAAAAGUAGAUGUACAUUGUUUCCAAAGCAGGUUGUUGAUGAUGGCACCAUAUGCAGCAUUUGGAGACCAUUUUGUCCAAAUGGGUAUGUUUCUGUUGGCGAUGUGGCUCAUAUUGGAAAUCAUCCACCUAAUGUAGCUGCAAUCUAUAGAGAAUCUGAUGGAAACUUCUCGCUUCCUGUGGGUUAUGACCUAGUUUGGAGGAACUGUUCCAAUGACUACACCUCUCCUUUGUCCAUUUGGCUUCCAAGACCUCCAGAUGGGUUCAUAGCUCUCGGUUGUGUCGCAGUUUCUGAUUUUGAGGAACCACCACUCGAUUCUGCAUAUUGCAUCAGCGCAGAAAUGGCAGUAGAGGCAGAAUUUGAGGAUCAAAUGGUGUGGAGCUCGCCCGAUGCUUAUCCGUGGGCUUGCUACAUUUAUCAAGUACGGAGCGCAGCGCUUCAGUUCAUUGCCCUCCGCCAGCUGAAAGAAGAAUCCGAUUGGAGACCCAUGAGGGUUUCUGAUGAUGAUGCCCCACAGAUAUUAGAAGCUUCAGUGGAUCAAUAGAUGAUUUGACCACCUUACAAUAUUUGGCUUUAUAAAACAGCAGGCAUUACAACUGCUUUGAACGUCCAUGUUUCAGAAAUCAAGAACCGGAUUAGCUUAUUUUUUUUAUUGGUGGCAUUUGUCUUGUAAAUUUUUUGUAUUAUAUAUAUAUAUAUAUAUG